UAUCAUGUUUUUCAUUUCUAAGCUUCUGUGCUGUUUUCUGCAGUGUUUGAUAAAAACAAGAUAUUACAAAAUAACAGUCCCAAUUUUGUUAUGCAUGGAAUCGUUCCCUAUAAUUCCAUUUUAAAAUAUGUUGAUUUUUAUUCACAUAGCUGUGAUACAUUUUUAUUUUUAUAAGUAAAUCCUUUUUAUGCUUGUUUUAGAAAUGACGUUCGUUUUGUGGAGGUCAUAUUCCAACACUAGGAAAAGCAUAUUUUCGUGUAGAAAAUGCAACGCAAUAACAUCACUUAAUGAAAUUGUAUCCAGAUCAUUCAGUGAUGAAAAAGAUAAUGAUGAUCAGGAGUUUAUUAAUAGCACGAUUAUGAUCGAAAAUGGGUAUAAUGUCUCAGAGCUUCCAGUAGUUAUAAGAAAAUUGAAAAAUUUAACAGAAUUGGAAUCAUAUGAAAAAGGAACGGUUAAUAAUGUUAGUGACUCCUCAAGUUAUCCUCUCAUUCAAGACGAGUUCAACCAGUGUAUGGAUCUAAGGGAUGUCUUUUCUUUGAUUAACAAAUGCACGAAAAUAACUCCCAACAUUGCAUUAGGAGCGAUAGAGAGAAUUUAUGACUUAGAAAAAAAUCCAUUGUCGUUACCAUUUGAUACUAAGAAUGAUCAAAACAUAAUUUUUGCUAAGGGUGCUAUAUUGGAUAAGCUAUUAAAAGUUGUUAUGAAGACUGAGGACACUCAAACAAUAUUAAAUAUAUUGAAGACAAAUUCAUCUCUAAUUGAACCAUACAAACCUAAGUUUUGCGAUGAACUUUUGUUACGAGUGACAGACAGUAAGCUCUCCAUAGAUCAUUUAUCUCAAUUUGCUAGCUUUUUGAUGAAAAAUAGCAAUGAGCAUUAUACUGAAAUUCUGGAUAAACUCUGGGUUGGUUUUAUUGCAAAUGAAAAGCAUAUUAAUGAAUCAAAUAUUGUACAAAUAUUUAAUAUUCUUUCUGGCCUGAAAGUUAGUAAAAAGAUGAUUAUAAAUUUGGCAGAGCAGAAGUUAUCAGAAUUGUGGCCAAGAAUUGACAGUUUAUCUAUGCAAGAUAUCAUGGGAGUUUUUAUUGUAGAAAAAUAUUUUUCUAUGCAGUCAUUUGCAGUCCUUGGGAAUUGGUUUUAUGCGAACAUACAUUGUCUAGACGAAGAUACUAUGUUGGAUAUUAUUACAAAGUUAACAAGGCUUAAUUAUACAGAUGAUCAAAUAGAAGCAGCUGUAGAGAAAUACACAAAGUUGAAAGGCCCGAAGGUGACAUCAUACAUUUUGAUCAUUGGCAUAUUAAAUUAUUGUAUGCAGUUCCAGUUGCGAAAUGAACAAAUACUUGAUGUAUGUUGUGAUCAUUAUAUAAAAAAGAUAGAUAGUAUACCACACAGUUUUUUAAAGUCGUUUAUAUAUCCUUUUGGACAUUUAUACUAUCAGCCGCCCAUUAAAAAUUUUUGGAACUUAUCUGAAAUAAAACUCCUUGAAACUUAUCAAAAAAUAAGUGUGGAUGAUUUGUGUUCUAUUAUAUUAUCAUAUAUUUAUAUUGGGAAAUAUCCACUCCAAUUAGUAUCUAAGGUCUUCCAUCCUGAAUAUGUAACUAGAAUAAAUAGUCCACAUUUAUUACAGAAGUUGUAUUUGAUAGAUACUUCUUUAUCAAUUGAAUGCGAAGAUUACUCAGGUCCAUUAAUGCCUAAAGAUCAGUGGCUUCAGCCAGUUGUGCAGGAUGUUAGAAUCAGUAAUAUUGUUAGUAAGAUAAAAGAUACCAUUGUGGCUAUAGUUGGAGAAAAUAGAAUAUCAACAGAAGUGCUUGUACCAAACUAUUGCUCUGAUGAAUCCUUCCUUAUUGAUAUUUUGUUACAUCCAGUGGGUCUAGGCAGUGAUACUUUUAAUUGGAAGUUAAAAAUAACGAAAACUGAGAAUUUAGCUAUACUUAUCCAUUUACCUGACCAUUAUUGUUCUAAGAGUGAUCAACUCAUUGGCUCUCAGAUGAUGAAGAUAAGACACUUAAAAGUAUUGGGAUUCAAUGUUGUCAGCCUUAAAUAUUCGGUGUUAAGCCAACUUUACAUGUCACACAAAACUAGUGAUUUGAGAAAGUAUUUGGAAGAUAAUAUAAUAGGCAAACAGACAUAAUCAUAUUCAUUGUUUAUGUGAUAGAUAACAGUAUCAUUACCUAAUGUUUAUUUGUAUAGAUUAUUAGUAAAAGGUGUGUCUUUAUACAAAUUACAUUAUGUUAUCUUAAAUUCUAUCAAUUAUUGUGAUAUAGAAUAGUUGUUGUAGUCACUUAAGAGUAAUUAAAUAUAAAGACAAUAAUUUGAAUAACAAUUAUAUUUUUCUAGUCCUAUAUAUUUUUG